AGCUUGGUACUUUAUCUGACUGAGCAGGCCACUGAUCAGGAGGACUUGUCACAAAUUAGUCAUCCUGCCGCUGUGUCAUCGAAACCAGUAAAGCGUCUGGUGUUGGUGGCGCGUGCCGAGGUCGAGUGCAAGUACUGGCUGGAUGGCUUCAGCAUCCUCAUCUCUAGGGGGGGCAAUCUUAACAUCCCGCUAACGGACAAAUACGAAGAGGAUUUGAAGCGACUAGUUGACUUGGAGCUUCGUAUCCGGCUUUUGGGGUUGAAUCUAGCUAGUCUUCCUUCGCAUCCAGAAGAACCGCCUCGAGACCCUCCGAAUUAUGACUUUCUUCCUGACUAG